AUGGAUCGGCCCGAAUUCUGUCUGGCCCGUUCACCAUUUUUCUCGUCACUCAGUUCAGAGUUGAGAGUUGAGACAUCAGAGAAGGGCCACAGCACAGAGAGUCUCUCCGUCAGCGCCAGACUACCAGUGGACUGCGAGGGAGCUCCUCCGCCUCAGAUCCAACCCCCACCGAUGCGAGCUCCUGCGAUGCUCCGCUGGGCCGCGGCGGCGCUCGCGCUCGCGCUCGCGGCGCUCCUCGCCGCCUCGCCGGCCGCCGCCUUCUACCUCCCCGGCGUGGCGCCCAACGACUUCCACAAGGUCCAGUUCCCUUCCCUCAUUCCCACCUUCCUCGUAACUUGCUUCCUGACAUUUGAACGAGAUGCAUAUGGAAUUCUGGACUGCUGGCAUUCACUUUUGGCUAGGUCUGAAAAUAAUUGUGCGAAAGAUCCACUUUUGGUGAAGGUGAAUAAGCUGACAUCCACAAAGACACAACUUCCCUACUCAUAUUACUCUCUUCCAUUCUGCAAGCCAAACACGAUAGUUGACAGUGCAGAGAAUCUUGGAGAAGUUCUGCGUGGUGAUCGCAUUGAGAACUCUCCUUAUGUGUUUGAGAUGGGGGAGCCCAAGAUGUGCCAGAUUAUCUGCAAAGCAAAAAUUGACGAUAAACAAGCAAAGGAGCUCAAGGAAAAGAUAGAGGAUGAGUAUCGGGUGAACAUGAUUCUUGACAACCUCCCACUAGUUGUUGCUAUUGCAAGGCAGGAUAGGGAUGCUACUGUUUACCAGGCCGGAUAUCAUGUUGGUGUCAAGGGCCAAUAUGCUGGUAACAAGGAUGAGAAGUCCUUUAUCCACAACCACUUGACAUUUUUAGUAAAAUACCACAAGGAUGAAACUACAGAUCUCUCUAGAAUUGUUGGAUUUGAGGUCAAACCAUUCAGUAUCAAUCACCAGUUUGAAGGGCCAUGGAAUGAUAAGAACACUCGUUUAAUCACAUGUGAUCCUCAUGCCAGCAAGCUUGUGGUAAACUCAGAUACUCCUCAGGAGGUUGAAGCUGGAAAGGAAAUCAUAUUUACCUAUGAUGUGGGCUUCGAGGAGAGUGAUGUCAAGUGGGCUUCUCGCUGGGACACCUACCUGUUAAUGACAGAUGAUCAAAUUCACUGGUUUUCUAUUGUGAACUCUCUCAUGAUCGUACUCUUCUUAUCUGGGAUGGUGGCCAUGAUUAUGCUCCGCACCCUGUAUAGAGAUAUCUCUAGGUACAAUCAGCUUGAAACUGAAGAACAAGCCCAAGAGGAGACAGGGUGGAAGCUUGUUCAUGGGGACGUAUUCCGCCCUCCUGCAAACUCUGACUUACUCUGUGUCUGUGUUGGGACUGGUGUUCAGUUCUUUGGUAUGCUGCUAGUAACCAUGAUUUUUGCUGUUUUGGGUUUCCUUUCGCCAUCAAACCGGGGAGGACUGAUGACUGCCAUGCUGUUCACUUGGGUCUUGAUGGGGUUGUUCGCUGGCUAUUCUUCUUCACGCCUAUAUAAGAUGUUCAAAGGAUCAGAAUGGAAGAGCAUCACCCUAAGGACUGCUUUCCUGUUUCCUGGGAUUGCUUUUGGUAUUUUCUUCAUCCUGAAUGCUCUUAUAUGGGGUGAGAAGUCGUCUGGUGCUGUUCCUUUCUCCACAAUGUUUGCCUUGGUCCUCCUUUGGUUUGGUAUCUCGGUUCCUCUUGUAUUUGUUGGGAGCUAUCUAGGCUUCAAGCAACCUGCCAUUGAGGCUCCGGUGAAGACAAACAAGAUCCCAAGACAGGUCCCUGAGCAGGCUUGGUACAUGAACCCUGCCUUCACCAUUCUUAUUGGCGGCAUUCUUCCAUUUGGAGCAGUUUUCAUCGAGCUCUUCUUCAUCCUGACAUCAAUCUGGCUUCACCAGUUCUACUACAUCUUUGGCUUUCUCUUCCUGGUGUUCAUUAUCCUCAUCAUCACCUGUGUGGAGAUCACGAUCGUGCUGUGCUAUUUCCAGCUGUGCAGUGAGGACUACAUGUGGUGGUGGAGGUCCUAUCUGACCUCAGGAUCAUCUGCAAUCUACCUCUUUCUGUAUGCCGGGUUCUACUUCUUCACUAAGCUGCAGAUCACCAAGGUGGUGUCGGGCAUACUGUACUUUGGCUACAUGCUUCUUGCCUCGUGUGCUUUCUGUGUGCUCACCGGUACGAUCGGCUUCAGCGCCUGCUUCUGGUUCACAAGAUUGAUUUAUUCGUCUGUGAAGAUCGACUAG